AAAAGAAAUUCAUCCUGACCCGAGAAGGACGGGAAGUCUCUAAUCCUCUGGUUCCCAGUUGUUGCUCGAGGACCGGGGAAGGGGGAAGGAGAAGCGAGAGGAAGAAGAAGAACUAAGAAGUCAUGCCGAAGAGAACGACGCAUACAUACUCGAGCGAGGACGCCGCACCAGAUGGACCAGAUUCUGAUCUCUUCGUUUACUACUGCAAGCAUUGUGGAUCGCAUGUCUUAAUCACUGAUACUCAAUUGCAGAAGAUGCCAAAAAGGAAGACGGACAAGGCUUUUGUGUUGGACAAGAAGAAACAUCUUGCAAGGUUAAAUAUCAAUGAGGCAGGGAAAAUUCUAUUGAAAAGGGGUGAAGGGAAACUUGAAAGGCAAUACCGCAUGAACUGUAUAGGCUGUGGACUCUUUGUGUGUUAUCGCUCAGAGGAAGAUUUGGAAUUUGCUUCUUUCAUAUACGUUGUUGAUGGUGCACUUAGUACAGUGGCUGCUGAAACCAAUCCACAGGAUGCUCCUGUGCCACCCUGCAUAUCUCAACUUGAAGGAGGACUUGUCCAAGUAGCCAUAGAAGUUGAAGAUCGAGCACAGCGCUCAGCAAUCACAAGAGUAAAUGCUGAUGAUGUACGUGUCGCUGUUGCGGCGCCUGCAGCACGUGGAGAAGCCAACAAUGAGCUUUUGGAGUUCAUGGGAAAAGUGUUGGGACUGAGGCUUAGCCAAAUGACUCUCCAACGGGGAUGGAAUAACAAAUCGAAGCUUCUUGUGGUGAGUUGAUCACACCUGGUUGAGGAUUUGUCUGCCAGACAAGUGUAUGAAAAACUUCUCGAGGCUGUGCAACCUUGACUGACACCGUUUAAUUAGCGACAUCUUUUACGCUAAGUGAUAACGGAUGGCAAUCCAAUCUUAGUUUUGUAAUUUUUUAUAUUACGAAUUUGUGAUGAGUGAAUUUGAACUUGGGAUUUUUUCUCUUCCAUUUGUAGUUCAACAAUAUAGGGUGAGGACUCAAACCUUUGACACCCGUAAUCAUGAUUUUAAUUUUUGUGGAUUAAUGUC